AUGAGGGUGUUUGAAUCGCUCAACUGCAUUGUCUGCAAGAAACCGUUUGCUCGAGUUGCUAAUCAACGUCGAUCUCCACGUCAUUUGUAUUGUGGAUUGGCCAUGUGCAAUGAAUGUUUCGAGCAAGAGAAGACGUUGGAACAAGAAGAGAGAAAUCAUCAAUGUGGAGAUAGUGACUGUUUCUACAGCGAAAACUUUGCCUACUUUUUGAUUGAUGUUUUGUCCCAAAAAAGCGCUUUGGUGUUUACUCCAAUGGGAUAUUUGCUUGUGAAGCCUUUCAAAAUUCCGGAGUGUCUAAUUUGUCUGGAUGAAUAUUCAAAUCAAAUUGAGGCAAAGAAAUCGUUUGCUCUUGGAUGUGGGCAUAUCAUUUGCACGGAAUGCUAUUUGAAGACACAAACAUAUGAUAUGUACGCUGCUGUCAACAAACAGAAAGAUCGAUUUCAUGACUUUCUAAAUGAGCUGCCCGAAAUGACUCGACAAAUGGAGGCAAUGAUGAAUGCUGCGAGAAAUGUCAAAGAUGAAUGUAGCUGCAACGAAUGCCGCAAAAAGGGUAUUGUCGACGAAAUGUUUUAUUGCGGUGAAUGUGGUUUUGAAAUUUGUGGCGCUUGUGCUUACAAAAAACAUCGUGUACAUGAAGCCAUUCCGUUAUUGGAAAAGCAGGCUAACCAAAUGUUGAUGGAACUUCAACAAGAGUCAAGAAAUGUCAUCAAGACGUACAAGGAUUUGGUUCCUGAACUACACAAGGGCCUUCUUGAGGGCAUUGACAUCUUUGAGACGGAAUUGCUUUCGAAAGAAGAAACUCUCAAAGGCGCUCCAAAUUUUGCCGAUUUACAGGAGAAACACGAGUCAUUCACAAAAAUUAAGUCCAAGUUUGAGUUGUCCGCUGAGAAUUACUUGCCUCAUUUGCGCAGAUUCGAUGGUGAAGUCAAGCAAUUGAUUCAAACCCUCAACGAGACACCUGAUGCC